UUAAGUUUCGGUUUCCAAUCAGCUGAAAUGAAAGCAAACAUUUCCUGCUGCCUUUAAAAGCAGCAGCUCCACUUUUCACAGCUGCAGUCUGACUUUAGGCAGCGAUGGAGGCUGUGAUCUUAAAGUACAUAUGCGCCAAUCAGGGAGCGGUUAACCUUGAAGAUCUGGUUAGUAAUCUCGGUGAAUCCGCGAACGAGGUGGUUUCCAACCCCAGCAGGUUUGCUCUGAGCUCCGGUGCUGACGGGCAGCAGAGAGUGGUGGCCCGGAGCGGCCUGAGGCUGUGCAGGAAGAAGGACUGUCCUGGGGACUGCAGGAGCCUCCACCUGUGCAAAAACUUCCUCUUCAGCGGUACCUGCCACUUCCUGCUCAGAAGAGGAUGCAGUUUCUCCCAUGAAUUAAACUCGGACUACAACCAAAGGUUACUGAAAGAACAUGAGCUGGAUUGCCUGAACAGGGCGGAGCUCUGUACGCUGCUGCUGCAGAGCGACAACACCAUGCUGCCCUCUAUAUGUCAUGAUUACAAUAACGGCGACGGCUUGUUCGGCCGGUGCGAGAGGGGCUUAGCUUGUGAAAGGCUUCACGUCUGUGAGAGGAUGCUGGACCAAUCCUGUAGCUGCUACCGGGAACAUAACUUCUUCGGUCUUCAGCCGAGGAAAAGCUUAAACGCUAAGAUGGUCCCCAACGACAUCAUUGUGUCCUUGAAGUCUGUUUAUCCCAAUAAGAAGGCGCUGUGGAUCUCCGGUAGAGGAGGAGCGAGUCGAGGGCACAGGGGGAACUGUGGGGGGCCCAAUGAAAGACACGGCAGAGGAAGAGCGAGAGGGGGCAAUAGAGGGGGUAGGGGCACCAGGGGUCAUAGAGGAAACCUCAGCCAGCGACGAACACCUAGCCAUAGCGACAUCUCCGCUGAUCUUGAUCUGUUGGAUUUGUACACGGAAGACGGAGUAAAUGAGCAUGGAGGUUGUAAUUCCUCCAGCAGUGACGUCUCUGCUGCUGGCUACGACGUCGAUAGAAGAAGUGACAGUGGUUUGAAUGGGCCGGGACCCUACGGCCGGGGGAGGGGGGGUUACAGGGGGCCAAGAGGGGCCAGGGGGAACAGGGGAGGCAGGGGAACCGGAUACAACCCCCUACAGCAACUACGAAGCACUUCCUUUGGCGACCUCUGGGGCGAGUCCAGUGGCCUGAACCUGUACGGCGAAGGCGAACCGAGUCGCAGUGACAGUCGCCAGGAAGAUCCCGAUUCAUCCAACAGCGACGUCUCCGCCAUCACAGACGACGCGGGCGCGCAGAGUGCAAAGACAAAACGGCGCUCAAAGAGUCGCAAUCGAACUUCAGCAAGUAAAGGGAGAGGAAGCAACCAUGGAGGGCCCCGUAGGGCCUCUGCUACCGACGACCCCGGCGCUGGUGCAGAACAGGGAAACAAGGAACAGAAAAAAGGACAAAAGAACAAAACUGCAAAGAUUGAUAAAACGGAGAUAUGCAUGUACUUCAUCAAAGGCUACUGUAAAAAUGGAGACAAGUGCUUUAAAGCUCACGACAAGAUGCCGUACAGAUGGCAGGUCCAUGAAGGCGACCAGUGGAAGGCGUUGCCCAGUAAUGAGGCCAUCGAAAAGGAGUUCUGUGACCCUGGAAACUCGUACAGCAGCGGAAGUCCACCGGUGCAUUUUGACACGAUGACGCGCGGAGAGAGCAAAGUCCGACGGCUCACCACGGUGAACUCCAUGGUGGAGCCCAGCUUCAUCCACACCACCGAGUGGCUCUGGUACUGGCAGGACGAGUUUGGGAAGUGGAACCAGUACGGUUCAGACAGCGCUGGAAGGAAAUCUGCGGACAUCAACAGCGCCACGCUGGAGAAGAAGUUUCUGGAAGAUCAGAACGACACUUUGGAGUUUUCUGUCGGCUCUCAGUCGUACUCUCUUAGUUUUCAGGACAUGAUUCAGACAAACAAACAUUACGGCACGAAGAGGCUGGUGAGCAGACGUCCUCGGUUCGUCUCCACCGAAGAAGUCAAAUCGAAGAAAGUGACAAGGCCUCCAGCUGUGCCAGACAACUGGGACAAAACUCAGAUCCCUGAACGAGGAUUCUCGAAAGUCUCCAUUCCGCAAACAUCAGAUGAAUUUAAAAGGCUUCAAACACUUUUUAGUACAACCAUGAGAGGCUUUGAUAUUAUCAAGAUAGAGAGGAUUCAGAACAAAGCACUUUGGGAACUCUUUCAGUGGCAAAAGAAUAAGAUGAAGACCAACAACGGUGGACAGGAAGUAGUAGAAAAGCAACUAUUUCACGGCACCAACCCCGAGUACGUUGAAGCUAUUUGCCACAACAACUUUGAGUGGCGGCUCUGUGGGGUUAAUGGGACGGCUUAUGGCAAGGGAAGCUACUUUGCCCGGGACGCUAAAUACUCGCACAGCUACACCGGUAACUCUGAUGUCAGAACCAUGUUCGUGGCCCGUGUGCUGGUGGGGAGCUACACUAAAGGGGACUCCAAUUACAAACUGCCUCCUUCCAAAGACGGUGGAGUCCAUAACCUCUACGACAGCUGUGUUAAUGACGUCACAGACCCUUCUAUAUUCGUAGUGUUUAAGGAGAACCAGAUCUAUCCUGAGUACCUGCUGCAGUACAAGACCACACAUCCACUUGUCGACAGACUGAGUACACCGACGGUUUCGGUACAGCAACCCAAACCAGUGGUUCCACCUAAGCCAUCGGUGUCUCAAACUAGCGCAGCAGCAUAUAAACCGAGUACCAUGUCGUAUAAUCCCAGCACCGCGUUGUAUCAUCUCAGUACCGCGUCGGCACAGCAAGUGAAACCAGUAGUUCCACCUACGCCACCAGUGUCUCAAUCCAGCACUGCUUCAUAUAAUCCCAGCAGCGCGUCUUAUAAUCCCAGCAGCCCGUCUUAUAAUCCCAGCAGCGCGUCUUAUCUAUCGAGAUCCUCCAGCACAUCAUCUCCGCCGUACCGAAGCAGUUACCAACCCGCCUCUUAUCCUUCAUCUUCCUCAUCGAGACCCCAACCCUCAAAGUCCGACUCCUGUGUCAUAGCUUAAAGAAAACAGUCAGAUCGCCCAAAAUUCUGUCUACAAUUAUACGUUUUUGCUUUAAGUAAUCUUUGUAUUUCAUCAACAUUCAGCCUGUAGUAGAAAAUAUUGGAUAUAAUUGAGAAACUCGAUCUUUUUCCAUGUUUUUGUUAUUUAGUACCUUUGCAUCCAUCAACAGACAGUAAAGCGCUUUUCUCAGGGUUACCUGUAUUUAAAUGGUGCUCUCUACCAAACUCCCACUAAUGAGUCUGGGCGGGUACCACCUACAGUCCUCUAGUUGUUGUGACUGACUUGUCGUUCAUUUUGUUCAUAAAGAGGAUCUAUUGCAGACGAAUACGGUUCCAAAGAAACGCCAGCACGCUGUUAGCGGGCCUGUGGUGGCGACACAGCAUUGAUGGAUCCGUCUUCAGCGCUGUCAGACUAAAACAGCCUUAUUUACGUUUCUUAAUAAAUAUUUUCCUAAAAAACAGAUUUUUUUUUUUUUUUUGGAAGUUCUGUAAUCAACAAGGUACAAAUGGGCUUUAGUAGUUCUUCCAGUCCUGCGGGUGGCACUGUAGGGCCAGUAUGAGAUAAACAAAUCAAUGGAUCAAGCCAGUCAUGUUUGCGCUGCCUGGUUAAAACGUUAAAAAUAUAAAUGAAACGAAACAGAGUGGCAUUUUACAAGGCUUUUACUCUGAAACGCGUUUUCAUAAUUCGCCAUUUUUAUGGAUGAAAAAAAGCUGAAACAAUGAAAAGAAAGUAGCUUAUUCUCACAUCGUUCCAGCGUGAAUGGAAACCAGCUACAGGUUCUCUUUGAGACCUGAACUCCGACUACUUAGACGUAGAAGUGCUCAGCAUGUCGGAUCAGACGAGCUUAGAUACCGAUAUGACUGAGACGCUUCACGAAAAAUACGGGGGUUUCUGACACCCUAACGGCAAGUAGCUAAUGUCUUCGGGGAGCAAUUAGCAGAAUAGCAUUUUCGCUAUCGAAGGACUGCGUUCGGAAAAAAACACCAGAAAAGUAAAGAUGUACUCCGCAUGAACCGACACUGUUUGGUUUGUCUGCUGAUGCUGUUUAAUAAACAGCAAAAAAA